GGCAUAUAUGAUUUCUCAGCAGUGUUCUCCGGAAACAUAAAAACACAGUAGUGGAAAGUGGCCAAGUGCAAACACUCUAAAACUGCACAGAAGUAUAGCUUUGAGGUACUUGAGCAUCUCCAUUUUGUGCUACUUUAUACUUGCACUCAACUACAUUUCAGAGGGAAAUAUUGUAAAUGGUUGUAUUUAUAUAGCGCUUUUAUCCAAAGCGCUUUACACGAUACGUCACAUUCACACACACAUUCACACACACUGAUGGCGGAAGCUGCCAUGCAAGGCGCUAACCACGACCCAUCAGGAGCAAUUAGGGGUUAGGUGUCUUGCUCAGGGACACCUCGACAUGAGCACGACCGGCCGAGGAUCAAACCGGCAACCUUCCAGUUACAAGACGGCCACUCUACCCACUGAGCCAUUGUACAUUCACUCCACUGCUUUAGCUACUUUUGAGAUUUUGUUUACAAUAGAUAGCACAACAAGCUGUUAAAAUACAUGUUAAAGAUUGUUUAUUGGCGUCUAACAUCUUAUUUCACUGUAGAGAUUUUUAGAUGUCUUUGAGUUGUUAACCUAACAGCGUUUUUCACUCUAAAUUUCUCACAUGGUUUUCAAAAAAUGUUCAAACGAUCAAAGUAAACAUGAUUAAGGAUCAAAGAUUAGUCAGUAAAUCCAAAAUUGAAAGCAAAUGUGUAGAUGAGAACUACUUCUUUCCUCUCACACUUAUAUCAUGACCCCUUCAGGUGUGUCUGGUGUCCAUGUGUUAAAUUAUUACUUCAAAAACCUACUCCUGUUAAUACUUACUUUCAGCUACUACUUUUUUCAUGUAGGAGCUUUCUUUAUGAUGGAUUAUUGUUAUUCUGCUGUAUUGGUACAUAUGUAAAUGAUCCGAAUACUUCCUCCAACUCUGCAUUAACAAAACUCAUUCACCUCCAACGGCUGUUCUGACAUGUACCAUGGUGCAUGACACUGAAUAAUCCUACAGUCUGUGAUCAAAUAUCAGUCAUUCCGAAUAAUUCUUCCAUUAGAUGACAGCAUUCCACAAUUACCAGAUUCCAUUAAGGCAGCCUUGAUACUGGGUUUUUAAGUGGUUACUAAUGGCUUUAUUAAUGGCUUUAAGAAUGGUUAAAAAUUAUUGACUAAAGGUUGUUUUUGUUGUUUCAAGCCAAUAAAAAAGCACAUUUUUGAGAAUGCCUAAUUGUAAAAAGUGGUUGGAUCUCGUUCCUGGACCACAAGCCAUUAAUUUACAACUUACUAACACUGACAGCUUCAGAUCUAAUGGUCAUUAGUGAGUUUUUUUUUAGACAUUAUCAACAUUUAAUACUUCUUCUUCUUUUAGUAUAUUGGCUGUGUUUGACAGUGAUUGUUUGCUUGCAAGUUCACAAACUUAAAAAGUUCAUGUCUGUGCUGUCAUUAAAGCUCGUUUCCAUUUUUUUUUUUUUUUUUUUUACAAAUGGCAAAAACAAAUAGUUAAAGAAAGUUUCCUGAUGCCUGAACAUAUUUAACUGCACUUAUUCUGACAAUCCAAAAGCUGUUCUCCAUAAUGGCUUACAGAGAUCUGUAAGUAUCUGUAAAGUAUUUACUAGCCCUUUUCUAAAAGGUGACUUAUUAGGAGGUGGUACUUGACGUGAAGCAGUUUUCUCAUCUAUUUUUUUUUUAAUUGUGAUUGUUGUCUACCUGCAGCAGACUGACCUGCCAUCGUAGAUAGCAAACGCCUGCCACCAGCUUCAGUUGACACUUGUAAAAAAUUUUCCCACCCCUUUUACUGGAAUUUUCCUUUGUGUGGCACACCAGCACAAGCUCAGGUGAUUUCCGCAUGAGUGACUUUGGGAGGAGAGUGGUCAAAGUUCCAGGUUCAAAGUCAACAAACAGCCACAGUCUUAAGAUGAAGGACCCUAUCAGCACCUGCACUUACAACCAGCUCUAUCAGAAUGUGAAACGAUACUCAAAGAAUGGGGAGCAUUUCUGCAAAGAGCUUAUGACAGUUUUUCAGCAAAGGGCUGAGCUGGAAUUGACUUAUGCUAAAGGGCUACAAAAACUUGCUGGCAAACUCAUCAGGGCCUCUAAAGGAAUGUCAAACAAUUCCACCUACAGCGCCUGGUGUCAUGUGUCAGAUGAGAUGUACUCGAGAGCAGACGCCCACAGAUCGUUAGGAAACGCAUUUCAUCAAGAAGCAAUUCUGGAAAUACGACAAGUCCUAGAGGAGCAUAACAAGAGGAAGAGGCCUCUUGACAAUGCCAUUGAAAGAAAUGGAAAGCUUGUUACUGCUAACUGGAGCGAGCAGCUCAAGAUAAAAAAGAAACUAGUUGGACUAACAAGAGAGCACGAGGCCCUGUUCAACUUUGUGGAAAACAACAGACAAAUCUGCACAGAGAAAGAAAAGCAAAAGAUGCUUAACAGGCUGACUAAGUCAGCAGAGAUGCAGACGCGGGUGGAUGAGGAGUACUUUAACAUCAACAUGGAGGGCCAUCAGAUGAGACUGAAGUGGGAAAACACAUUGAAAACCUGCUACCAGAUCAUACAGGAGCUGGAGAAACAGCGAAUUGAAGUUCUGCACAACAUUUUGAACAGAUACAUCCUCCACAUGUCCGGCUGCGGCCAGACGCUCAAACAUGGUCAAAAACAGAUAGAACAGGCCGCCCUAAGGGUGGACGUGGACAAAGACAUACGAGAGCUGGUGGAGGAAAACAGCACCACAGCAGAGGAUAACAAAGCAGAGUUUUUGAUGACUGAUUAUUUUGAGGAAGACAGCAAAUCCCUGAUGGGCAAAGACAGAAGAAGAGAUGCCAUCAAGCUCAAACUUGAGCGUCUGGAGGUCUGUAUUGCAAAAACAAAGAAAGACUGCGAAGGAAUUGAAAAGCUGAUAAAAACAUAUUCUGAAAAUCCAUCUUUUUCCAACCAAAAGAACCUUGAGGAAACUGAACAGCAUCUCGAUGAGAGUACUCUAAAACUGGACCUUCUCGAGGCCACACACUGCAAGCUCUCUGUGACGCUGUCUGAACUAGAAGGAAAGCCCAAGUCAUUCCACCGAUUCAGCAGCAGCAUUUUGAAAUGGAAAGAUAAGGACUGUGAACAUAGUGUCGUCCAGCUGACUCGUCCAGUCAAACUCAGGAGGACACCAUGUCGGUCCCGACAGUCACUGAGAGCGUCCAUCAUUUACAAAGGACCGGCUCAGUUUGUGGCACAGCAGUCUGUGGAGCCUUCACCAAACAUCACCGACCAGGAAACUUCCACAACCGGAGCUGCACAGGAAACAGCAGCCGUGGAGUGUGACAGCACUGUAAACGGAGUGUCGCCUCACACAGAUGACGACGACGGACAGGAUCAAACACCAGAGUUGUGCAGUAUAGGAAAAUGCAAGGCCCUGUACAAUUUUACACCUGAACACGAUGACGAGUUGACUCUGAAAGAAGGAGACCUUCUAGAUAUCUGGGCCAAGGAAGAAAAUGGUUGGUGGUUUGGAACUCUUAAUGGACAGACAGGCCAUUUCCCAUCAACCUAUGUGGAAGAGCUGCCUAUUCUAGACAGUGUUAAAUCAUCUGACGCCUGAUGAGCAGCAAAGACUCACAAUGAUUUGAGAAGAUUCCUAAAUUCUGCAGUACUAAAACUGCACCCACAAAAAAUACUUUGUUUGUGCACCAACAAUUUCAUUCAAUUUAAUACACAUUUGUCUGCUGACAAUAAGGAUCCGAUUUUCUUUCACUGUCCUUCCUCGUUAAUCUAAGAAUUUAUUCUGUAUUUGAACUUUUAUACCCACAUAAUUGUUUCCAUUAUUUAUACUACAAUGUGUACAGACAAACUCAGCGACAGAGUAUUUUUAAAAACACAUACUUUAUUAUAUCAGUAUGAGUGACAGGAAAAUAAAACUGUUUUACUUCUUCGAUAUCCCUACAGUCUGUAAAAUGAGUAACAAUGACAAAAAAAAUUAAACUGUUUACAUCAA